AUCAAGAGGACACCAAUAAAAUGGAUUAAUAGUUAUAUGAUAAAUGAUAAAUGCAGAAAUGCAAGGAAUGGAAAAGCUAUCAUUUGGAGAAAUGACAAUCUUAGUUUUGUUGGAACAACUUCUGCUGCUUUUUGGUUGCGCAAACAGACUGGUAAGGAGAGUGCCAAUAUCUUGUCAGGAUUGAUAGUGCCAUGUCGGCGCUGAGGUCAAUAUUGCCAUGUCACAAAGGCAGAUUAUUAUUGGCCUUCAAAGGUUGGAGUUCCACAAAAUCUCUGGCAUUCUCCUUUUUCUGUUGCAAGUUAUACUCAAGUGGAAGUUACAAUGAGAUAUUAUCAAAUGGUGUUGCAAGCAAGAAAAAAGAGUUUGAUUUUGAGCGUUUAUUCCAGUCCUGUACCAAAAUCUACAUUUUGAAGUGCCUUCAUGCCCUUCUCGUUUUGUCAGGGAAGGCUCAGAGUAGUUUUAUUGGCACUAGACUUGUGAAUCUUUAUGCUCACUUGGGCGAUGUUUCUCUGUCACAGAAGACUUUCUGCAUGAUAGAAAGCAAAGAUGCUUAUACCUGGAAUUCUAUGAUAUCAUCUUAUGUUCGUAAUGGACAUUUCCGUGAAUCGCUGAGCUGUUUGAAUGAAAUGCUGUCCACAGCUGAUGUUAAGCCUGACUUUUACACCUUUCCUCCAGUGUUAAAAGCUUGUGAUAGUAUAGUUGAUGGUCUAAGGAUACACUGUUGGGCUUCAAAACUUGGGUUAGAGUGGGAUGUGUUUGUAGCUGCCUCGUUGGUGCAUAUGUAUUGCCGUUUCCAAUCUUUGUGUGUUGCCUUAAGAAUUUUUAAGGACAUGCCUUAUCGGGAUAUGGGUUGUUGGAAUGCUAUGAUAUCUGGUUUUUGUCAGAAUGGAAAUGCUAUGGAGGCAUUGAGCUUGUUGGAUGAGAUGAGAUUAGAGGGUAUAAAAAUGGAUUCAGUGACUAUUGCAACAGUACUUCCUAUAUGUGCACAGCUUGGUGAUAUUUUGCAUGGGACGUUAAUUCACUUGUAUGUUAUAAAGCAUGGCCUAGAAUUAGAUGUUUUUGUAUCGAAUGCCUUAAUAAACAUGUAUGCUGGAUUUGGUGAGUUAAGACAUGCACAAAAAGUAUUUGAUUACAUGGUGGUAGUAAGAGAUUUAGUAUCAUGGAACUCUUUAAUUGCUGCGUAUGAGCAGAAUAAUGUUCCUGAAAAAGCACUGGAGUACUUUCAGGAGAUGAUGAUAAAUGGAAUUCAGCUUGACUUGUUGACAAUGGUGAGCUUAGCUUCUAGUAUAGCUCAGACCAAAAGUUUUCGUUGCUGCAGAUCGGUUCAUGGUUUUGUAUUGAGGAAAUCUUGGAUUCAGGAAGAAGUUAUUAUUGGUAAUGCUGUUGUGGAUAUGUAUGCAAAGUUGGGUCUCAUCCACUGCAGUCGUAAGGUUUUUGACAAGAUCCCUAUUAAGGAUGUAGUGUCAUGGAACUCAAUGAUCACAGGUUAUGCUCAAAAUGGACUUGCAAGUGAGGCUAUUGAAAUUUACAACAUGAUGAAAGAGUGUGAUGACAUAGCACCAAACCAAGGAACUUGGGUAAGCAUUUUGUCAGCUUAUGCUCAUCUAGGGGCAUUGCAAGAAGGAACUAGGACUCAUGGGCAUAUUCUCAAAGUAGCUCUCAAUUUCGACCUCUUCGUUGGUACCUCACUCAUUGACCUUUAUGGAAAAUGUGGAAGACUGGAUGAUGCCAUGUCUCUGUUUCAUGAGGUGCCUAGGAUUAGUUCAGCCCCUUGGAAUGCCAUAAUAUCAUGUCAUGGUAUUCAUGGGCAUGGUAGGGUUUCUCUGAAACUAUUCAAUGAUAUGCUGGACGAAGGUGUUAAACCAGAUCAAGUAACAUUUUUAUCUCUAUUGGCAGCUUGUAGCCAUUCGGGAUUAGUUGACGAGGGUAAAAAUUACUUUUAUAUGAUGGAGCAAGAGUUUGGCAUUAAACCUGUUCUAAAGCACUAUAGCUGCAUGGUUGAUCUGUUUGCUAGGGCUGGGAGCUUAGAAAUGGCAUACUAUUUUAUAAAAAGCAUGCCUUUGCAGCCCGAUGCUUCAGUUUGGGGUGCUCUUCUUGGUGCAUGUAGAGUACAUGGAAAUGUUGAGCUGGGUAAAUUGGCUUCAGAUAAUUUGUUUGAAGUCGAUCCAGAGAAUAUUGGGUACUAUGUUGUGCUGUCUAACAUGUAUGCUAAUUAUGGGAAAUGGGAGGAGGUGAAUGAAGUGAGAUCCAUGGCUAGAGAGAGGGGAUUGAAGAAGACUCCUGGAUGGAGCUCAAUUGAACUAAACAAUAAGAUUGAAGUCUUUUAUACGGGAAAUCAGUCUCAUCCACAAUGCCAUGAGAUAUAUGAGGAAUUAGGUAGUUUAACUGCUAAGAUGAAGACGUUAGGCUAUACUCCAGAUUAUACCUUUGUAUUACAAGAUGUUGAGGAUGAUGAGAAGGAACAAAUCCUUACCAGUCAUAGUGAGAGAUUGGCUAUUGCUUAUGGAAUUCUUAACACUCCUCCUAAAAGUCCUUUACGAAUCUAUAAAAAUUUGCGGGUUUGUGGCGACUGCCACAAUGUAACUAAACUAAUUUCUAAGAUAACAGAGAGAGAGAUUAUAGUAAGGGACUCCAAUCGCUUUCAUCACUUCAAGAAUGGUGUUUGUUCAUGUGGGGAUUACUGGUAACAUACAUCCAUAGUUCUUCAGAGAAAAUAAAAUCUUUAAGGUUGACGUCAGUAUGCUGUAGCCGCUGCAAGAAAUGUAAUUUGUUCUUCUCAAGCUGCUGUUCUGUCCUGUGAAUGACGAUCCUCGCACUCUGGAAUAGAACAGAGAUUUUUUUGAAGAUUUUGACAAAUGUAUGUGUAUAUCGGUCUCUUGGUUGUGCUGGACCAACUCAGACAAUGCUUAUGCUUCAUUUCACCAGUUUUAAGAUGAGAAGACAGUUAUUGAAUUGAAUUUGCUGAUUAUUUCAUGUCUCGAAUCAAGGCUUCCAACUCCAAUUACUGUGGCAACAGGAAGGUCAUCAAGUCAUGCUGUCAUUUCAUCUUGGCAGGUUCCAUGUUUUGCUCUCUUAUCACAAUGCACAGCUCGUUACAGACAACUGUUCGAGCAUGACACUGGCAGGCAAACACAGAUAUUGGAAGAAGUCGAUCCCCUGAAAGUGGAGAGGUGUUCUGCUCUUGAGUUGCUGCCUGAGCGAAUACUGAACCAGCCAUUUGGCUGUCCAUGAUUCAUCAAGGUAUAACAGAGGUUGAGUUCUUGCUGUUCUGUUCAAAGAUUCAACAAACAAGAAGCCAUUGUUUAUUUACGUAUGAAGGGAGCUCUCUAUACUCGUGUCAAUGCUUGAACUACAGGGAGGGUUGUGUGUAUGCAGACGUUACCCCUACUAGGUAGAGAGGUUGUUUCCGCUGGAGGUUGAGAAAGUGCUAUUUACGGAUUUUUACUCCAAAGUGAAAUAAUGACAAAACACAUUUUCCCAAAGUUUGUUGGGUGAAAUCUACCAAUGGUCGAUUUUAGGGCCUCUAUCAAAAGAAAAGCUAUAAUUUAGGUAUGUAAUUGAUAAUUUCAUCGUAAUUUAGGUGUGUUUCUAUGGAAUUAACGGUUGAAAUUAUCCUUUGAUCGUUCAAACUUCAGACAUAGGAGUUUAAAGUUUGAAACUGCCAAACCAGACUUCAAACAAGAACAUUUGAAAUUCACUUGCACAAACAAUAUGUAAAAUUGCCUGAUGUUUAACUUCAACAAACUCAAUUUCAAUCCCAUAUCUCCCAAGUUAAUU